GGGCAAUUGCAAUGCGCUGCAGAUUGGUGCAUGAUUACUUGUGCAUAUGGCCUCUGAUCUGCACAAGACUUUGAGCUAUACAUUGGUGAGGCCAUUCCAUGCACAGCUCAAUCAACCACAUUACGGCCAUGCAUGGAUCCACCAAGUCCUACCAGGAUCUGCUCCAAUGCUGCAUUGCAGGAGCAGACGCGCUGCCCCAGCGUUGCCGUGGCAGCCUUCUACGACGCCAUGGGACGGCAGAUAUGGUUGGGGAACACGCUGCUGCUCGUGAGCGCUGCCAUAACCGGAGUCAUGGUUGGGAUAGGCGGCUACGGCCGGCGCUACCGCCACCACCGUUUCACCCGGUUCAUCUUCCUCGGAGCCAACACACUGUUCUUGCCCAUCAUCUCCUAUGUCGUUUCCACCCUCGGCGACAACUCCAAUGAUUAUGUCCAUUUACAUAAGGACAGCACCACGACUUUGUCGGCGUUGUGCGAUUCGGUAUUCCACCCCUGCAUGAUCAUAACAUGGGCAUUCCUUGUUCAGAUCGCGGCGAUCAAUACGACCUCUGUGGUCGCCAUUGAUAGUAGAGAAGGUAGUAAACUUCGGCCUCCUCCAGAGCUACUUCUCAGGGGGAUCUGGAUCUUUUACCUCAGUGUCAGCAUCACAAAAAAUCGGUUUUUUCAUGGACUCUUCCGGUUUUCACCUAAUGACAAUCAUGGACCGCUCACACUCAUCUGUUCAAAGAUUAUGUUCACGCCCUUUGCUCUUUUAUGUGCCAAAAUUUGGCUCAAAUGCUAUUCUUUCGAAAAGGCCCGGAAAUCCUUUGCACUUGGACGCAAUCCUAGUCUUGUUUUUGGGUACAUGCAACAGCUACAACAACAAGAAAGAAGCCAGUAUGGUGGACCAGUGGCAGGUGAGGAUUCAGUUCCUCCUCCUCUCUUGGUUAUGGGAGAAGAUAGUAGGAAAGUGGAGAAGCAACCUUGGGGGUAUGUGUUCAGCGACUCAUGGGCACCGCCUAUUGACAGCAUUGGCUUGGUGACCCUUGACACAGUUUGGCAGUUGGACAAGAUGCUUCCGACUUCAACGCCAAGACCAAAAGACUUAUGCCUGUCUUUUGCAUUGUUCAAGCUGCUGAGGUGUCGAUUUGCGAGGUAUGAUCUCACUAAUGUUGGCUCUAGGGGGCUCAAAUUUUACUGGAACUUGCUGUUGAAGGAUGGUGAACAUGACAGGGUGUUCAGGAUUGUUGCAGAUGAGCUUUCCUUCCUUAAUGAUUACUACUAUUCAUCACUCGCAGUAUCCUACGCAAAGUGUUGGCUACCUGUCUUGAGCAUCCUUAUCUCACUCUUGAGCAUAGGUUACUGCAUCGUGGCAGGUUACUUCAUUGUUGUCUUUGGAGCUCAGGUGCACAAGCAAGGCCGCAGUCAAAUCUAUUGUGAGUUCUGGUGCAACAAACUACAGGCGGUAAGCGAAUGGCGGCAUAAAAGAUUUGGGAGCUUGUACUUUGAUGUGGUACCGGAAUUUGUCCUUCUUGUUUUGGUUCUAAUCGCUGAGGUGAGGGAGGUGUCUUCCUACAUCUGCUCCAACUGGACCAAAGUAGCCCUCAUAUGCGAGUGUGUAAAAUCUGCCACUUUGCAACAUCCAUUGGGAAUGCAGAAAUGGAUUGUUAGCCUUCUGAUGCAGUGCAGAUGGAAGAUAAUAAAUCAUUGGGAUGAAAAAAUAGGCCUGUGCUCAGUACUGGUGCUUCCCCCAACUUCAAGGACAACCCUGCUUGGUCUCAUUAGACGUCUCUUCCAUUUGCCAGAUGAGAAGAGAAAGGUCAAGUUGCCAGCAGCAGUGAAGGUUUGCAUUAUGGAUGUGCUACAAAGCGCUGCCAGAAGCAAUGGGUUCCAUCUAGGCAAUGGCAAGACAUCUCUGCUCCGGAGCCAAGUUGGCAAGAGCUUCCUUUGGGCCUGCAACAGCAAGGGUACAUCUGAUAUCAUACUUACAUGGCACAUCGCCACAUCCAUCCUUGAGGUGAGGCACCCUUAUUCUUCGCCGGUUUCAAAUCAACACAAGAUUGCUGCCACUCACCUGUCACGGUACUGCGCGUACCUUAUGACCUGGUCCCCGGAUCUUCUUCCUGACGAGGUUGCAUGGAGCAAGGGCCUGUAUGAGGAUGUCAAGAGGGAUGCCGUGCGUGUCAUCGCCGGCCGCUCGAUGGCAGGGCGGCCACUGACACCCGAAGCUGAGUACCAGGAUCUGGUGAAAUUGCUAAGUGAAGGUUCAAACCAUUUGGUGUUGAAGAAUGGCGUGUGGCUCGGAAAGCAGUUUGCGGAGUUGGCUGAGGGGGAGGAAACGGCAUGGGCAAUCCUGGCCGGUUUUUGGGCAGAGAUGAUUCUAUACGUGGCGCCAUCGGACAAUCUGAAAGGGCAUAAGAAGGCCAUCGCCCGUGGUGGAGAGUUGAUUACUCUCCUCUGGGCAUUGCUGUUUCACGCUGGGAUCGUUAGUAGGCCAGGUGAAACCGGCGGAGCUGCUACAGCUGGUUUUGUAUAAUAAUAAUCUGUGGCUGCUAGUGAGCAAAGUUAGCAAGAAUGCUUCACGAUUGGUCUUCUUGAUGUAGUAUAUGUCCUUGUGUUUGGAUUCUCAGUAGUUGUGUUUGUGUGUGUAACUUGUUCUAGGCACUACGCAAAAAAAGAUUUGUAGGAGAACUGCAAAUUGAUUUGUAUAUAAAUCUUUUUGUAUG